GGCAGAGAGAGAGAGAGAGAGAGAAGCCCUGGGCAAACCAGGGUUCUGUUUUCCCAUAUCUUAUGUUUGUACAUCUCUAUCUCUGAAAAAAUAUUAUUUAUUUAUAUUAUAUGUAUGUUCUUAGUAAUGGUAAGGUUUAAGGUAUCAUGGAAUCCCUUUAUCUGUGUUUAAAGUUAUUAUAUACAGGAGGAACAUACUUCCUUGUGGAAGAAAAAAUAUCAAAAAUUCAAGCUGUUCUUAUCUUUUUCAUUUUUCCGACGGAUGAAAUGCUAAUGAGGGAGAGAGAUGAAGAGAUUAUUUCCAUUUCAGCGCUUGAUGGUCGUUUGAGCGUUGAGAACUACGAUUUCGGGCAGAUUUUGCAUGUUGCUGCAUCGUUGGCUAUGGGGUUUAUUUUAUUUUACCCCAAAUGGACUCGCUUAUACAAGAGGUCGAUGCCAUUAUUUAUCUCAUCAAUACGAUGCCAUUAUUUUUCUCAUCAAUGGUUAUUGCAGGGUUCGAUCAAACCGGACUAUUGGAAAGUCAUCAUUCGUUUGAUUGAAUGAAGUACAUUUGCAUGCAUGGAGGGAACCGGUGAAGAGGUGACUGCAAAUGAUGUGGCAGAGGGUGAACAUCUCAGAUGGCAAUAUAACAAUCAACCCUUGAAACCAGACGGCUACAAUAUGUUGGAAUCUUCAUCUAUGUUUAUACCUCCUGGUAGUGAUUGGCCCGGGGCCUCACCUCAAGUGUAUAGAGAUGCCUUAGAGGGUCAGAGUCUGAAAAACUCUGUAGCUGGAUCUGAACCGUCUGCUUCUCACCCUUUCUCGAUGAAUGAUUCUGGGGUCAUGGUCGAAGAGUUAACGGUGAAAAAUUACAAGAAUCCAAAUCUAGCAAUGGUUGGCAGCUCAAACAGUACAGAAGAAACGGAGAAUUGGGACCAGCAGUGGGAAAUUUUUCAUAAGCUGGCAGGUGGCUUUGGAAGUGAGAAUUUGCAAGGAGAUAUGGCUACCAGGGACAAGGACCCACCAAUGGCAAGCAACAAAGAUGAGGUAAGGAGCAUGUUUCCCCCUGAGAUUGGGGUUCAAAAGCCUUCACCCAAUAAGCAUUCUAAUCAGGGCCAUGCUGAGAUCUCCAAACAAUUAACCACUACUAACAGAGAUACUACCGCAAGCAAUGCAUUAUCACCUGGAGGUGUUAGGAGUAAGGUUCUAUCAUCAUCCGGCUUUUCUCAGUUUUUUCUGAAGAAUACAUUGAAAGGGAAGGGAGUUCUAUCUAGAUAUCCGGGAGCUCAAGAUGGUAUUGCUGUUGCAGUCACAGGCAAGAAUAAUGGGAAGACUACAUGUGCCACUGGUGUGGCUUCUGAUGCAUCUCUUGAUGCAAGUGCAAAAGCAGAAGAUCCUCCCCCACAGGCCGGAGCUGGCAUUGGUCCCACUAUGAUUCAUGGUGAAAUUAGUUUAAGGGAGUGGCUGAAGUCUAGGAGUCAUAAAAUAAAUAAAGUUGAAAGCAUCCAUAUAUUUAGGCAGAUUGUGGAGCUGGUUAAUCUUUCACACUCUCAAGGAGUUGCUUUGCCAGAUGUACGUCCAUCUUGUUUUGUCUUGUUGCCAACAGGUCGGGUUAAAUAUAUUGGUUCACUGGCCCAAAGAUUAGGGUGUGUCUUAAAUCAAGAUAUUCCCUACUUGGAACAUCAUUUGAGUAGGAAGAGACCCUUUGGACAGGGUAUGCAUACUUAUAAUUCCAUAAAACAUAAAAAAUAUAGUGAGCAGAUGAUGAUUGUUGGACAACAGCCUCAAUUUCCGGCUAGAUCUGGUUUCAAGUAUAAAACAGUAAAAGAGGGUGAUAUUAACAAUAUGGCUGUACAGGAGUCAGGGUAUGGUCUUAGUGAUCGAUACAACUCAAAUAUAGAAAGCAAUACUGUAAAUAAGUUUGGAGCGCCGGUUAUAUUUAAGUCCACUCAACAGCUGAUGACAUCUAGGCAUGUUCAGUUGGAAGAGAAGUGGUACGCUAGUCCAGAGGAAUUGAAUGACCGGGAGUGCAAUUUUUCGUCAAAUAUCUACAGUCUCGGUGUUCUUCUAUUUGAGUUACUUAGCGGCUUUGAAUCAUGGGAAGUUCAUGUGGCAGCAAUGUCGGGCCUACGACAUCGAAUUCUCCCUCCAAGUUUUCUGUCAAGAAAUCCCAAGGAGGCUGGUUUCUUGCUUUGGCUUCUUCAUCCCGAACCUUCUUCAAGGCCAACAACAAGGGGAAUCUUGCAAUUUGAUCUGGUAAAUGAAUCCCGAGAAAAUUCAUAUGGAGGUGAUAUGGCAUCAUCCGUUGAGGAAGAUGAUGCUGAAUCAGAGCUGUUACUGCAUUUUCUUUUAUCUCUCAAGGAACAAAAGCAGAAGCAGGCGUCCAAGUUAGGUGAGGACAUUGGAUGCUUAGAAGCAGAUAUACAGGAGAUUGAGAAAAGGAACUUAUCAAGAACAACAAAUGCUCUUUCUCAAACGCUCAAGGAGUCCACUAGUGCAAGAGAAUUCGGGUUCCUUAAGGAACCUUUAUGCUCAGUUGCACUUUAUAGGUCAUCUCCCACAUCUAAUAAGAAUGAAGAGAGGUUGAUGAAGAAUAUAAGCCGGCUUGAAAAUGCUUAUUUUUCUAUGAGGUCUCAAGUCCAGAUUCAAGAUACUGAUGCUAUAACACGGUCAGAUAAAGAGUUACUGAAGAACCGAGAUAGAUGUUUCUCAAUUCAAAAUGAAAAUGAAGGGUGGGGCGUUAACCAAACUAAUGAUCGCGUUGGAGAAUUUUUUAGUGGCUUAUGCAAGUAUGGUCGCUAUAAUAAGUUUGAAGUUCGCGGGAUAUUAAGAAAUGGGGAUCUUCUCAACCCAGCAAAUGUGAUUUGCGCAUUGAGUUUUGAUCGGGAUGAGGACUACUUUGCUACUGCUGGGGUAUCAAAGAAAAUUAAGAUAUUUGAGUACUGUGCACUCCUCAAUGAUUCUGUCGAUAUCCAUUACCCAGUUAUGGAAAUGGCAAGCAAAUCUAAGCUCAGCUGGGUUUGCUGGAACAGCUAUAUUAAGAAUUAUUUGGCUUCAACUGAUCAUGAAGGUGUGGUUCAGUUGUGGGAUGCAAGCACUGGUCAAGGUUUUUCUCGAUUUACAGAUCAUAGAAAGAGAGCUUGGUCUGUCGACUUCUCUCAAUUGGACCCCACCAAAUUAGCCAGUGGAAGUGAUGACUUUUCUGUGAAAAUAUGGAGCAUAAAUGAGAAAAACUGUAUUGGGACGAUUAGGAAUGCUGCUAAUGUCUGCUGCGUUCAGUUCUCUUCUCAUUCCUCCCAUUUGCUGUCCUUCGGUUCUGCUGAUUACAAGACCUUGUGCUUUGAUCUUCGGAAUACAAGAAUUCCUUGGUGUACAUUGGCUGGGCACGGGAAGGCUGUUAGCUAUGUGAAGUUCUUAGAUGCGGAAACCCUUGUUUCUGCAUCCACUGACAACACCCUAAAGCUUUGGGAUCUCAAAAAGACAAGUUCUAGUGGGUCAUCAACAGCUGCUUGCAGUCUAACUCUUAGUGGUCAUACUAAUGAGAAGGUUAGUUUCUUUAUUUUAGAUAUUACUUGCAUUUGUCCCUUAAAAAUGCUGGCUUAUCUAUUGACUUUUUUCCUGUUGUUUCCUCAGAACUUUGUGGGCUUAACCGUUUCUGAUGGAUAUAUAGUUUGUGGUUCAGAAACAAAUGAGGUCUAUGCUUAUUAUAGAUCUUUGCCUAUGCCCAUCACUUCUCACAAGUUCGGCUCUUUUGAUCCUAUUACUGGGAAAGAGACUGGUGAUGACAAUGGACAGUUUGUUUCCAGCGUCUGUUGGAGAGGAAAGUCAAAUACGGUUGUAGCUGCCAACUCCAGUGGAAGUAUAAAACUGUUGCAGAUGGUGUGAGCAGUGUGUUAACAAUAUAUGUUCAACCAAGGAAAGAUGGACAGUUCUAAAGCUGAAGGUGCACAUUUUUGUGGUCCCAAAGAUUCAUCGAGUCCUUGAGUGUGUGUAAGUAUGAGUGGUCUGAAAGAAGUCACUGUAAGAUGAAGACCCCAACCAGAAGAGAAACUGAGCCAUCGAAUUCACUCAUAGUUCAGUUGAACUGGGAUUUGUAUCUGACUUCACUCGAAAAGCAAGGGUCUGAGCCACCAGAAGCCACAGAUGGGGUUGAAUAGCGCCACCAAUUACACAGCAUCAACUGUAUGAGGUGUCAGGUUUUUCUUCCUCACCAUGCAAAAAAGGCAGUUGGGUUGAACACCUCUUGCUGUGCUUUAUAAUAGAGUGAAGAAUUUGAAGGGACUACAAUGAGCAAUGUGUGGCUGAUACUGUAUCUUCUACCACCAGUUAGUGCUCGAGGCUUACAUACCAAAAACAAUUGCUACCCAAACAAGAGAGGAUGCUCAAGAUACAGCAGGUGCUUUUGUGGACCACUUCUUUAUAAACCGAGGUUUGAGGCUUGAAAAACAAGGUGGGGUGGUGGAAACAUGGAAAAGAUCACUACAGAAUCCCAAUUGUUAUUGUUUCUGUACUUAUGCUCAACCGGAAAAGGAAUGCGUGACCAAUCUUUUUAACCAGUAUUCUGAAGGCAGUCCAGGUUUUCAAGGAAGGAAAUGAGCAUUUAACAGUUUUUCACAUAUUCCAAAAUGUCCCAAUUUGAAUUAUACCAAUGUAUAUUAUUGCCAAAUUAAUGAUCCCAAGUUAAGAGUAUUUACAUUAUAUACAAUCAGCUUCUUCUUCUA